UUCAUCCAUAAAUUUUAUGCAGUAAGAGAGGAUGCUUACGAGACAACUUGGUCAUCUCAACCCCACCCCGUCUAGGUAUCUGGACCCUCGAACCGAACCCUUCAAACUGUAGAUUUCCCAAAAAAGCAGUCAGCCUUUUGACCUUUUUUUGAUCCCCGACCCCGACCCUUGCCCCUCCAACAAGUUUAACCCCACCAUUCAGGAAAAAUUCAUGUACAAGACGAGGCUGAAUACUUACUACUACUACUACUACUACUACUACUACUUACUACCAGAUCCUGUCUUAUUCCGUCAUCCCCUUAUUCGAUCAUCGGAAUCCGCCUAGGCUGCGACGUAAUUGUCUCACCUAAAUACACACCUACCUAGAUAUCAACAAGGCUUUGGUCGAUGAUAGUUAUUACAUCAUGAGUAAGUUCGGAGUUAUGGUAAUGGGCCCCGCCGGGGCUGGCAAGUCUACCUUUUGCGCCUCCCUCAUAACCCACCUGCAGCUCAACCGCCGCUCGUGUUUCUACGUCAACCUCGACCCGGCCGCCGAGUCCUUCGAACACGCGCCGGACCUGGACAUCAAAGACCUCAUAUCGCUCCAAGACGUCAUGGAAGAGAUGGGCCUCGGCCCCAACGGCGGCCUUAUCUACUGCUUCGAAUUCCUCAUGGAAAACCUCGAUUUCCUCACCGAGGCGCUCGACUCCCUCACCGAGGAGUAUCUGAUCAUAUUCGACAUGCCCGGCCAGAUCGAGCUGUACACCCACGUCCCUAUCCUGCCCGCCCUCGUCAAGUUCCUCACGCGAUCCGGAUCGCUGGAUAUCCGGCUCUGCGCCGCGUACCUGCUGGAAGCGACUUUCAUCGUGGACCGAGCCAAGUUCUUCGCGGGCACCCUGAGCGCGAUGAGCGCGAUGAUCAUGCUGGAGGUUCCUCAUAUCAACAUCCUUUCCAAGAUGGACCUCGUAAAAGACCAAGUUCGCAAGAAAGACCUCAAGCGGUUCUUAACGCCCGAUACCGGCCUGCUCGACGAUGACCCGGAUGAAAUCGCUCGGCGGAAGGCAGAAGGCGUGACGGAGGAGGAAGACGAGGCGGCGAACCCCCAGGACAAAGAUGCCGUCAUGCGAGGCUCCAGCUUUCGGCAGCUCAACAGGGCCGUCGCAAACCUGAUCGAGAACUUUAGCAUGGUUAGCUACCUGAGGCUAGACGUGCAGGACGAGGACAGCGUCGGGGCCAUCCUCAGCUAUAUCGACGACUGCAUCCAGUACCACGAGGCCCAGGAGCCUAAGGAACUGAAGGACGAAGAGUUUGACGAUAUGGGCGAAAUAGACGGGUGAUUUCUUCAGGCACAAUCAACGGGACUUUUUUUCCUUUCUCUUGCCUUAGGCACAACUUAAAAAAAGGAACAUGGCAUAGGAAUGAAUUAACCAAUGAAGGGCAAUGUUGGACUAAGUACCUAAGGUAUAAUUGCAUAGCGACGGCGUACUGGCUCGAGGCAACUCACAGAUACCAAAAAGAAAAAAUCGAGUUCAUUUGGCAGAUGUUUGUUUUUUAUUCAUUCUGUACCAAAAAAAAAAAAGAAGAAGAAGUAAGCCGUAGUCAUAACUUCAUUCCCCG